UAAAACAAUUCCGUUAAACGAAAUUUUGGAAAAAAUGGAAGUAAGCUAUAAUGGCCUAGAGAAUGAUCAAAAAGAAAUAUUCCUAGAUGUCGCAUGCAUACUGAAAGGUGCGAUCAAAGACAAAGCAAUCAGAGUACUUGAAAGCCAUGGAUUUAAUGCUGAAAUAGGUUUAAAAGUUCUUGAGCAGAAAUCUUUAAUAACUCUUUCUAGUGAUGGCCAUUUGCUCUUGCAUAACCAUGUAGAAGAAAUGGGAUGGAAUAUUGUUCGUCGUGUGGACCCUGGUGUGCCUAGCAGACAUAGCCGAUUAUGGAUUAAAGAAGAAAUUGAAGAUAUAUUGAUUAAUGGCUUGGGCACUGAAGCAACACGGAGUAUAAAAUUGCUGAACACAUGCCUCAGUCCAGAUAUUAUUAUGAACGGCCUUACAAAAAUGACGGAACUUAGAUUUGUUUACAUGGAUAAUGGAUACGAAACUUAUGCAUACGCAUCUCCGUCCAGCUAUAAAAAUGUCAGCUUACCAAAUGCUUUACAAUAUCUAUUUUGGUGGGGUUAUCCUUUAUCAUGUUUACCCGAAACAUUUCGAGCAAAUAAUCUGGUUAACCUUGAAAUGCCUAAUAGCAAUAUCUCUCGGCUCUGGGAAGGAGGAGAAAGAAAGGUGCUUAAAAAGCUUAAAUUCCUUGACCUGAGUUAUUCAAAAUUGAGAACCUUUGGCCUUGUGAUGACCCCAAAUCUUGAGGAGCUGCAUCUUAGAGAAUGUAAUGACUUUGAAGAACUGCACAUUUCUGUUGAAUGUUUAAAGCUCAAAUUCCUCGACCUCAGUGGUUCUAAGGUGAGUAAACUUAACCUUGCGUUGACUCCAUCGCUGGAAGAGUUGCAUCUUGAAGAAUGUCAUGACUUGGAAAAACUCCACAUGCCAGUUGAAUGUCCAAAUCUCCAAAUUCUCAGCCUCAAUGGGUCUAGGGUGAGUAACCUUAACCUUGGGCUGACACCACUUCUCUGGUGUUUAGAUGUUGAAGAAUGUUAUAAUCUUCAAGAAAUUCAAGCUUCAGUGGGUUGUCUUAAAAAGCUUGCCUGCUUAAACUUAAACAGAGAUUCGGUUGUUAAAAAGCAUCUUAAAUCGCCUGGUUUUGAUUUUUUAGCUAUGUUAAAAGUGAAUGCAGAGUGCGUAGAUGACUGUCCGCUACAUCCCCACAAUAACUUGCCAAAGUUUCAGUUUGAAUGUUUCUAUGAUGAACAUCUGACCUUAUCUAGUGGAAAUCUUGAGAAGCUUAUUUCUUUUGGUCUAUGUGCUUGCACAAACCUUGAGUCUUUUUCAGCAAGCAUUUGCGGUUUACAACGUUUAGGAAAGCUUACACUUGAAGGCGAUAUUCGAGAGGCGCCCAAGGAUCUUUUUCAGUUACAAAGUCUAGAGGAACUAACUCUAUCCAUGAAAAAGAUUAAUCGUCUUCCAGAUAGCAUUUGUCGGUUGAAACAUCUAAAAUCUCUUGAACUUAAAUCUUGUUUCCUUCUUGAGCAAUUGCCCGAGGAACUUGGCAAAUUAGAGUGUUUAGAGAAGUUGCACCUAUUGGAUUGUAUAUCCUUACCAGAUAUUCCAAACAGCGUUUGUGAGAUGAAAUGUUUAAAAUAUCUACAUCUCCCGUACUGUGUUCUAGUUGAGAACUUGCCUGCUGAAGUUGGACGUCUAAAAUGUUUGAAAGAGUUAAAUAUACAAGGUACAGGCAUAAAUCGUCUUCCAGAUAGCAUUAUUGAAUUGAAAGGCCUGUGUAUUAUAUGGUCUACGGGGAGGCUUGAGUCGUAUGGUUUUACAUCCCUUAAAAAACUCUCAAAAUACACGUCUUCCUGCUACGUAUAGCUGUGAAUAACAUAAACACUCAUGACAAAAUGAGUCUCCUAGAAGUUAUUAUUCACAAACAAAUAUUGUAACAGGCAUUUCAUGUAGGAUUUAACUGUUUGUAAUGGAGCAAAAAUUAGCCAUGGUCUAGCGUGCGAUUGAUGUUCUAUCAAGCAAUUGUCAAGUUCAGGUUAUAUGUAUGCUUCUCAUAUGAAAUUACCAUGUACGUUCGUGACAGACUCAAAGUAGAUGUUCUCGUGAUUAAAACUGGUAUCGUGGUGGUCGUUGUAUAAUGAGAUCUUCUGAAGAUUUUUAUAGCCUGAAGUAGGACUUGAAGGUUUGAAUGCCUUUUUUUAAGAAUUUUUCGUUCCUCUCAAACAUUGUAAAUGUGUGUUUUUCGAACAAAAUUUGAUACAGGGACUACUAGUUCGAGUAAAAAGUGAAUGUAAUAUGGAAUGAAUAAAAGCAAUGCAGAUG